AUGGCUGUUCCGAACCCCGCCGGAGAGGUCCUCCUCAUCCCCACAACCUUCUCUUGUCAAAAAAGCCUAGACGAGAUAGCAGCAAAAUACAAGAAGCUUCGGCUUCACGGGCUCCAAGUCGACCCUAAAUCUUUCAGCUCAACUUACGAAGAUGAGUCUCAGUUUUCGCCUGCGACAUGGCGAUCUCGGCUUCUGAACCCGGCCGGCAAGACGUUCGUCUCGGUCACCAACCCUGAUAAUGAAUAUGAUAAUAAAAGCGGUGGCAUUUCAUCUGCAGAGUCCGGAAGCCCAAAUACAUCCUUUCAGCGACUAGUGAGCAGAGACUGGGUCGGAAUUGUCACAAUGUUAGGCCCAGUCCAAGUCUCAAAGCCGAUUGCCGAUAAAGAAACAACUCCUGUGAACCCAUGGGAUGUCUUUUUUAGAGACGGGAAAUACAAUGUUCCGCGGUCCGCUAUAGAAGAAGAUCUCAAAGAUUCGGAAGUUGCCUACUUGGUUGUUGGCAUGUUUGUUCUGCCCGAAGCCAGGCAAAAGGGGCAUGCAUCUCAAUUGGUCAAGGGUUUAAUUCAAGCCGCCCGGAAAGACGCCUGCGCUCGCGGAGUAUCCAAGGCAACCAUUUCGCUUGAGAUCGAACCUGGGAAUGCCACUGCGCAGCGAUUGUAUGAAAGAUUGGGGUUUGUGGUGUGCGACAAGGCGCUUCCGAUGGUAGACAAGCAGGGCAAGACAACAUAUGUGGUUGCGUUAAUAAAGGAGAUCGAUUUGACCUAG